AUGGCAUCGACAUCUCCAAACUCUGUGUUCGAAGCAGCUCCGGCAGCUGAAUCUGCUGGUGACAUGGACAAGAAAACCUCCGAGUCUCCUACGGUCUUGGCCUCGGAUGAUUCGACCUCUUCCAUCAGGCGCGGCAGUGUCGAACAGCCGUACAGAACAUACAAGAUCCGUUGGCUCGGGCUUGUGGUGUUGACACUGCUAAACAUCAUGGUUAGCUGGUCGUGGCUCACCUUUGCACCCGUCACUUCUUCCACCGCCAAAUUCUACUGGGUCGACGAAACAAUGGUGAACUGGCUAAGCAGCAUCUUUGUCUUUGCAAACUUCGCCAUGACUCUCGUCACCAUCAAGCUUUUCGACUGGGGUCUUCGUCCAACUCUCAUCAGCGGCAGUGCGCUUCUCUUAAUCGGUAACUGGGUUCGUUAUGCUGGAUCUUUCUCUUCCGAUGGUAACACAGUCUCCGUCGUCGCUGUCGCACAAGCUCUCCUGGGCAUGUCGCAGUCUCUUGUUCUGAGUGCCCCUACGCGCUUCUCCGAAACGUGGUUCUCGAGUAAGGGGCGUGUGGCGGCGACGGCUGUUAUGAGCCUUGCGAAUCCAACUGGUGCAGCGAUUGGAUCCAUCGUUGUUCCGUUGUGGACAAACGAACCUAGUGAUAUUUCGUCUGUGGUAUUAUACGUGGCCAUCGUCUCAUCCGCCGUGGCUAUUCCUGGGUUCUUCAUUCCCGCCGCACCGCCAACUCCCCCAUCAGCGAUUCAUCAUAUAGAACGGCCCAAGGUUGUACCCUCACUACGCAUAUUGAUUCGAUCGCUGGAAUGUUACCUGAUCAUUAUCCCAUUCUGGGUUUACACUGGCCUCUUUGUCGCCACGACAUCCCUGAUCAACCAGAUCGUCACACCCUAUGGGUUUUCGGAUACCCAGGCUGGUAUUGGAGGCGGUCUCCUCAUCGUGCUAGGCCUCAUCUUCUCUGCCAUAACAGCUCCUAUCAUCGACCGAACCAAGAAGUUCACCCUCGUCAUAAAAUGCGGAGUGGUUAUCGGCGGACUCUGCUAUCUUGUAUUGGUAUGGGUUCCAAGUACAAAGGAGAUCGGUGCACUAUAUGCUAUUCUCUGCUGCAUCGGCAUCUCGUCGUUGUCUAUCGUCCCCGUUGUUUUGGAGGUUCUGACAAAGUUCUCGUAUCCCGCGGGCGCCGAGAUAACCAGUACUACUGAUUGGGCUGGCGGUCAGUUACUCGGUGGGUGCUUCAUCAUUCUCGGCAGCGGUAUGAAGGCUGCUGAGAGUGCAGACCCACCUCGCAACAUGAAAGACUUCACUGUUCUUCAGGCUGUGUUGGCAAUGGCGAUGAUACCUUUGCCUCUGAUGUUGGGGUUGUUUGGACGCAGUGAUCAAUUAGCUCUCAAGCGUACGAAUGUACACCAAAAUAUGGAAACAGGCAUCCCUCAGUAA